AUGUCAACCAAGUUACCGGGAUCUAACCCCUCACCGCUCGCACAUUACGUUUUACAUCCAACACAACGUCCCCAAGGCCACUUCAUGAUAAACGUCAAGAAGUCUCAGCACGGUUUCAGUCAACAACGCUGGCCCAACUCGGGAUUUGACGCUCGAGACGCCAUGUGCCGUUUAUGGAAGCAGUCGCAAUGUCCAACUUGGGCUGCCCCUGUUCAACUGUCUGUUAAUGUACCCGCACAGUUUACAGUGGAACAAUCAACCCAGGUGACAGAGCUGUUGGGCUGCUUCUCUGUUUCAGAGUCCUCGUCGGGGCAAGAACAGUAUAGAGUGAAUGCAAACGUAUCACAUAUCUAUACCAUAUUCCUUCCGAGAGGCGAGCCGGAACUCCUCGUCAGUUCAAACACAUCUACUGACCAGGUCAUUUUAUUUUUAAUAGACAGUCUAAAAGCACGGCUGGCACACCCGGAUCGUGACAAGACGCACCGGUCCCACAUGCUGCUGGAACUUCUGUUCCGGGCCGAAGCCAGCGCUCCUGUGCAGUGCUGCAGCCAACGGUGGUAA